UGCCCGAGUCAGUUCGUGCCAACGCGAACUACUAAAUUAGUUCAGAGUUCAAGAUGCUAAAAGUCCUACUUGACAGUUUUUCACGCUGUAAUGUUUUGCAUAGCAACAGCCCCUCCCCCAACCGACGGCUCGGGGGUCGUCUGCCAAUUUCUCCGCCGCGACGAAACCGUACAAUCAAAGAAAAAACCCCAGUCGAAGCCGUUCCAUCGUCCUAAACACGUUCGGGUCACGCGUAGUCGCGGUUCGGCACGAAAUCGGAUUCAUGCGUGUACAAAUGAGGACGAGUCGUCCGACUGUUUGUGUCUGCUUGGCGCCGAAGCGGUUAACUCCACACCCGGAAAGGGCGAAGUCUGCACAGCAACAAGCGCCAUGAUUGCGUCGCAAAGAGCGCCUCAGCAGCUGGGCAUGAUGGAGCAGCUGGAAGAGGAGCUUACGUGCCCAGUCUGCUGCUGUCUCUUCGAGGACCCGCGGGUGCUGCUGUGCUCGCACAGCUUUUGCAAGAAGUGCUUGGAGGGGCUGCUGGAGGGCAACCGGGCUCCGGCUUUCAGGGCGCCUUUGAAAUGCCCCACGUGCCGCAAGGAGACCCCCCAUAACGGCGCGAGCAGCCUGCAGGUCAACUACUCUUUGCGCGGCAUCGUCGACAAGUUCAGCAAAAUCAAAGUGAUGCCCAGAAUGUUCGCGUGCAAGCGACACUGCGGGCAGCCGCUCAACAUAUUCUGCGCCACCGACCUGAGGCUCAUUUGCGGAAUCUGCGCGACGACCGACGAGCACAGAGGCCACGGCUUCAGCUCCCUGGAGGACGCGUACGAGCAGGAGAAGGGGGCGUUCGGAGACCUGCUCCAGGAGGCGGAGAGCUGGCAGAGCGCGGAAACCCUGUCCUGUCUGGAGACGCUGCAAGCCAGCAAGAAAAAGGCGCUCCAGUCGGUGGGCAGGGACGCGGAGAAGGUGGCCGACUACUUCGACAAGCUCGUCGGGUCCCUCGAGUGCAAGAAGAGCGAGAUCCUCUCCGACUUCGAGACGCUGAAGCUGGUGGUGAUGCAGGCGUACGACCCGGAGAUCUCCAAGCUGAGCGCCGCGCUGGAGGAGCAGAGUCGCGCGCUCGGCCUGGCGGAGUCCGUCAGAGGCGUCACCGACCCGCUCUGCUUCCUGCAGCACAUGCAGGAGUUCCGUGAGAAGGUCAAGGUCCUGAGGGAGACCACCCUGCCCUCUCGGAAAGACAUGGACGUGGGGCCCCUCGUGCGCAACUUCGAUGUGAAAAAGUGGGACUCCCUCCGGCUCCGAGAAAUAGACAAGAUCUCAGUCCCGCACGAGAGUGGCGCCUACCAAACAGGUGGCUCUCGGAUGUCGUCGUGGUACAAAUGGAGCGCUUUGUCCCUUGUCCUCUUCCUGUCAACACUGCCCAUCUUUUUCCUGUCUCCGCCGCACACUGCAAUCGACGUGACCUCAAGAGUCCGAGCGCUGAUCACUGAACGCGGCCCCUCCGCUCCUCAGUACCUGCAGGAAAUCAGUGACAUGUGCGCAGGACUGAUCGAAGCAGAGCGACAGGGUGAGAUCAGGCUGCCGCCGUAACCAUGGGAGAAACUCCAGCGCGUCACAGCAGUGAUGCUGCAACCUCCUCAAGGUUACGCGCGUUACGUAACGAGGGCCCGCGCGAAACUGCAGAGGAAGGUCCGAAGACAUGCUCCACGUGCAGCAGCAGUCAGGUGCUCAAUCUCAGCACUUAAUCAAUGCUGAUCCGCCACUUUUUUUUUUCUUUAAAAAAUAAAAUAAAACAAAACAUCAUCAGAUCUGAGCUUCUGCGGCUCUUUCGUCAGCAAGGACAUUAAUUCACGUCACCCAGGUCUGUGCAUAAGCCCAUAACAUAUAUAGCUCACUGUUGCCAGGCAAAUAUAGGAUGAGGCAUUAAUAUUUCAAAUCCCAUGCCAGCUUUUUAUAUAACUCAUGUAUAAGACUUAUACUCAUGUAUAAGUCUUUACAUAUAUAGGCUAUAUGUAAAGACUAAAUGGUGAAGUUAUAGUCGUGGCAUAACAAAGCGCAAAGUCCUCCAGUUAAUAAAUACGCGCAUAUGGUUAGAAUUAAUUAUAUAUAUAUGUAUAUAUAAACAGGUUAUGAAAACAGAGUAUCGAGAUCUGUUCUUGAAAAAUAAUAAUAAUAAAAACUAUUGUCAGGAUGAGUCGUGCACCAAAUUACAUAUUAGAAAAGUAAAAAAAAAAAAAAAAAAAAAAAACUAAAAAGAAAAACAGCCGUAUUUAUAACUAAAUGGCGCAACGCGAAGAGGAAUUGUAUUUACGGGAAAACAUGUUAUUUCAAUCACGCCAAAGAAUAUUUUUAAAGGUUUCAUGAACUAUGAAAACAGGCGAUUUUUAAAUCAUAAUAAUAAAAUCAGUGUAAAGGAAAACUACAGCUCCCAAAUUAAGAAUUUGUACAUUUUCAUGUGGACAGAUUUAGUUUGGCCACAUUACGAUGAUCAGUCGGUAUUUCAGAGUGUAUGGAGAAAUAUAAAGGGAAAUAAAAAAUAAUAAUAAUAAUACAGGCAAUUCAAAGUAAAAAUAUGUAGGCCACAUUUUCAGCACGGUGACUUCAAGGUGAAACGGGCUUUUUACAUAAAACCGCAAAUAUUGCCGCAUUAAAAUGAGUCUCGGAGUUUCUUUUUUUUCCCCCUUUUAAAAUAAGUAACAUUUACUUAAAUGAUUAUGAAGUUCAAUAGCCUAUUUUAUUUUUAAUACACACACACACACACACACAAAAAAAAAUAUAUAUAUAGAUGAAAAGGCCCGAAAAGGCCGGAGUGAAUAUAAACGCUAUAAUGCAGACAAAAUAUGGGCCCCGCACGCAAGACUGCGUUAAUAAAACCCUGUUUAUUAAUGAAAAUGUAAUGAUUUAAUUAACGAGCGGAAAAAGGUCACUUUUUAAUUUAGAUAUCAAAGACAAGUUUAAUAUUUGCGAAGCGGAUGUUAGACUGAAUAUCUUCCAUUUCAGAUAAGUGUGUAUGUUUUAAGGAAAAAGAAGAAAGAGGGGAAAGGGCGCCAUUUUCGCAAGUCACAGGGCAAAAAAUAAAUAAAAGUAUUGGUGAAUCAAAUUUGAGAUGAUCGCCUGUAAUAUUCUGAGCGCAAAACAGAGGCUUGAAACACCCUCGCGUCCAAACUGCGCUUAAAAUGGAGUCUGGUUGCGGGCCUGGGGGGGGGGGAUGAGGAGUUACAAAACCGCUGGACUUCACGUAACCGCAGACUGUCCUCCGCAUUAGCGUAUUUACAGCGGCCACAAACUCUUAAAAGUGCAGGAUCACUUAAAAAUGCAGAAAAGUCGCGAUAGAAAUCACGUUUUUAUUCUGAAAAAUUGGGGAAGAAAACCUCUAACGUACUCAAUGUUUGAAUCAGACACUUGUAGUGUUUGUAUAAAGUGAUCGGGAGACCAUCAGAGGCCAUGCGGGCCCGGGCAGCGCCUCUGCUCAGCGGCUGUAACUCUGGGACAACUGCGGGAAAAAUAUGAAGUCAGCACUUGUAAAGUGUUUAGUGUUACUUUGACAAAGAAAAAAAAACAAAACAAUAGUGAACAUAAAAUGAAAGCAUGUCGUUAUUAUUAGGGAAAGGAAACGCAAACGAGAUCAGUUCAUGUUUUUAUUUCUCAAAAAUAUUCACAUAUAACAAGAUAGGCUUAAAAUCUUCAAACAAAAUAGCUGAUUGAAAAAAAAAACAUGAAUAAAUUCAAUUCCAUGUAAUGAAAGCCAUCAUCACCUGCAGAGGGUUUCAGAGCAUUCAGAGUGUGUGAGUGGUCAGCUUUGCUUCAGCAGCACGAUCAAUACUGGAGACUUCAGCUAGUCUUAACUCCAAUAUUUACGUGCUGCUACAGUAAGGCGACCAGAGAGAGAGUCAGAAUGAUAAAUGCCCUGGAAUCGUUUUCGUCAUUAGCAACACAAUCAUCUGGAUAACAUGAGCUCAGGCAGCCAGUGGUCAUCAAAGACAUCUGGAGGGGCUUAAAGCUUUGCGUGUUGUGUUAUUCGGGCUUUAUUGCGGCAGCACGGUAUGGCCUGCAUCUCAGAGUAACCCACAAACCAUUCUGUGCUGCUACAGCAUCGCCAGAAACAUCUGCUCCUCCUCUUCGGCACUCUGCACUUGCCUUGUUGCCCGAGCUUCAAAUCCGCAUGAUGGAUUCAUCUAAGAGGGCGGAGACGAUCAGCAUCCACGUUUUCCGUCUCCAUCUGAAACAGAGAACAGGACAGUUCAGGCUGUGACUUCUGCAAAAGAAAUGUUUUCUACACAGGAAAAAAACAAAACAAAACAAAAAACUUUCACAUUUCAGAGACUGACUGCAGCAGUUUAGGCACAACGAGACGGCUUUGAAGUCGGAUGACAAAGUUCUUGGCUUACUGUCUCUGAGCUGCUGGAUGAGGACGAGGUCCAGCCUCUCCACAGAACGGCACUGUUCGGCCUGUCUAAAAUUCAAAAACUGUUUCUACACGCACAUUGCUCAAUGCACGAAGGCGUCGUCAUGUUGAAAUGUUGAGAGAAGGGGGCCUGUCCCAGACUGUUGCCACAGCCCUGGAAGUAGUGUUGACAAAGAUCAGCUUUAUGCCAUGUAGUACGAGGAUUCCCAAAACGCUUGGAGACGUUUUCCACUGGCCACAUGGUGCAACAGAGGCAUUUUAUAUUGUGAGGUCAAAUAUUUAAGUAAAUUGAGUGGUUUAAUUAGAGAUGUACCGAUCAGUUUUCCUGACCAAUGCCGAUUUCCGAUCUGUCAUUCUGAUUAAUAGAAAAUUGCAAUGUAACAUGCAGAGGAAAACAUGUAUUGCAGGUUCUUUGACAGAGGUUGUAGUUUUGAACUAACAGGAAUUUAUAUUUACUUAUAACAGGCAAAAAAAGAAGAGUAAAAACAGAAGAAAAAAAAAAUCAUGCUAACCAACAUGUAAUUUUAUAUAAUUUGUUCAAAAAGGAGCAUGUAAAAGAUUAACAAAUUACUUUUGGAGUGUUUAACAAUUGGAAAUGCUGAGAGUUUGCAGUUUUGAUGCUUUAAUGAAUAGAAAGCGUCAUAUCAAUGGAAAAUAGGCCCGUUCUAAUCUCUUGGGAUUACUGGUUGGUGCACCUCUUAUUUUUAAAACACAGCAGCAAAACUGCAUCCAAAGCUCUGUAAAACCCAGGGAGCGCGAAAAAAAGCUGAACAUAAUCAGUUACUAAUCUUACAAACAGGAAAGACACGCUGCUUUGUGUCCAGUUUGCUGCAUUAACUAUUCCAAACGCAGCAGAAAAUGUAUUUCCAAACACUAAAAAAAGCACCAUAAGCAAAAUAAUCACAAGAUACAUGUAGGAUAUAUGUGGUGUGUCUGCAGCUUGAUAGUAACUUCCCUGUAUCCUGACUUGCAUAUUUAACUCUUAUGAGAAGGGUGAAGGUUGUAUUUCCAUAUUUAAUAUAUAAUAAAUAAAUAAAAAAAAAUCAAAUGAACAACCAUGGGAGAAGGUGAGAUAAACAGAUUGGUUGAGUUUGAAUAAAUAACCCUAACCAGGAUGAAAUUGACUGCUCAAAAACUAACCAGCAACCGAAGAAAAACACAUAACUUCUAUAUUCAAAGCAAGAAAGAACUAUUAUAGAUUUUUUAUAUAUAUAAUGAAACGCGUGUCAAACUUUCUUGAGAAUUAUGACAUUCAAGUUAGUAAUUAUAAUCUAUUUGAAGCUUAUUUGAUCUUGAUAGAAGUCCCAGUGGAAUUGGGAUGUGGUGAUUGUGUUGCCACUAGAGGUCUCAAUGGACCUGUGAUUAUAACUUCACUCUGAAAUGGACUCAAUAGCCAGAAUCUAAUAAGAUCACAUUCAACUUCUCUUUAUGUCACAGGGAACUAAUGCAGGUCAGUCUGUCAGCACAAGCUCCACGGCGUUGCUGUCUGAUAAACAAAGGUUCUAAAAUAAAUGUAAUUGUGUAAAGAGAGAACACACUCUGUUAUGAAAACUAGCCUUUUAGAUGGUACAUGUUCCUGAUACUAAAAUACAAAGAGGCUGCAUGCAUAAUUUAAUUUACAAGUCAACACAGGAUGGCUAUUAAUAGUUUAAUGUGGACUUAAUAUUUGGUGGUAAAGAAGAGGAAAAACAGGAAGACUUAAGUGAACUUCUGACAUGAAAGCAAAAUUUGAAAAUGCUGACUAAUGCCUUCACUUGACUAUUGUAAGAAGUUAACAAAUAGGCUAUAUUAAGCAUUUUUAGAUUAAUAACACUUUAAUAAGAGCAUUCAUAAAAGUCUCUUUUCCUGUGUGUAUUAAGCUUCUUUUGCCUGACUAACUUUAGUUAUAGUUAAAGAUAUGGGGCUUGUGACUCUCUUUCUACCUUUAGGUAUAAAUGCUUUCUCAAACAAUGACACGCAUCAGAAAUUUAUUAGGUGACAGAAUGUCAGACCAGACUGGUUCAGCAGCUGUAUUAACACCCUGGCACUACAGACAGUAGCACAGUGUGUGGAAGACGCUGAGGGCCAAUGAGUUCAGCAUGUUACCCCCCCAGGGUUUUAAUGUGGAUACCUAAAGCAGAACAUUUAAAAUAACAUUUUAGCCACUCACUGGCAAUUAAGUAAAAAAAAAAAAAAAAAAAAAAAUCUCUCAAUACCUACAAGACAAUUUUUUGAAUACCAAUUUUAAAAGCAGAAAAAAAGUGGUAUUUGUGAGUCUUUUAUAUGUACGAAGUAAAGAAGAAAAAUAAGAUUUAGAGAUUAUAUUAUAAGUAUGCUGAUGAGCAUCAUGGUACCAUCCUAAAAGAAUAGAAAACUUAAGCACAAAGGAUAUUUGACUUUUGGCAUAGUGUAGCUCCAUUAAAGUGUUGAUUCAGGAAUUAGAAAAUUUUUUAUAUGAAUGGGACAUGCGGUGUAGUUCAAAGCGCAAAACUACACCUCCUCUCAAAACUUGCAAUGGCUGCCAAGUCAAACAAUUUCAGAUUCCAAAAUAAAAAAAAAUAAAAUUAAAUUAAAACAAGGUAUAUAACCUUGUAACUGAAGAAAACACACUAGGGAAAAAAUGCUUUCCCUUAAAAUAGUGCUAAUUAUUAAAAUAGUUCCAGGAAAAAUAAAUAAAUAAAAAAUGGAGAAGUUGUUUUAAGAUAUUCUGCAUUACCAGCAUACACAGAUGUAGACAAGUUAGUACCAGGAUAAAAGACACCACAUCCCCUGUCAAAAAGCACAUGGACAGUUAAGUCACAGUAGAGAGAAAUAUUUAAAUACGAGCAUCUGUAACACUGCAUGGACAAAAUAUGUACAUCCAAGCACAAUUGAUGCAAGAUUCAUUUACUGUGCUGGGGUUUAGAAAAAAAAAAUUGAACCAGCUCCUUUUAAAAAUAGAAAAAGAUUAAAAAAAAAUCUCCCCGAUCAAGUGAAUUUUGUUUUUUGUUUUCUAGACAAAUACAAAAUAAAAACAUAUUUCAUAUGUUACAAAACUGCAUGUGGAAAAAAGUGUGUGUGUGUGUGUGUGUAACAGUAAAAAUGAAAGGUGCAGGCUUGUAAAUUUUAAACUGAAGUUCCAGCAACAAACACUUCACCUUGCUCAUCAGGCACAAAUCAGGUAAGCCAACACAUUUUCUUAGAUACGAGUAAUUACUUUACAAGUCUGGUUGAAAAACCUUCUCAUCAAUGACUAGCCCUACCCUUUUCUUCUUCCUCUUUCUCAUUUAAGGAAGCAUGCUCGGACAAGUCACCUUCAAACCUCAGCCUUUUUAACCCAUUCCUGACACUUGCUCCCUGCACAAUGACCUCAAAGAGUCACCUGACCCUGAGGCUGAAAGGUCAAGCAUAACCUCCUCCUCCCUGCUGGGCUCAGGGACAUUGACAUGACAACCCAUCAGCACCCGAGAUCAAGUAUCUGGCCUGGCCUCUUCUGGCCGCAGACUAAGAAAUGGCAUCAUGUGGGAAUAUACUCCUAAUCUAUCUGCAUAAAAAGAUAAAAGUUUGGGGGGGGGGAAUCUGAUACAUGUUGGGGGAAAAAAACAGGUACUUUCAAAAAAAAAAAAAAAAAAAAAAAAAAGGAAAAAGAGGGCGGCAGAUUAACACCAGCUGUUUCCUCAGCUGAAUUAACAUUUUACAAGUUUGGGCAACAAUUAAAAAAAAAAAAAAAAAAAGCAACAGAGGCAAGUAACUUUGUUCUGUUUCAUGCAGAAA